AUGCUGAUACCACCUGGUCAUCAGCCCGUCGAAGGGAGUGGUCGUCGUCCGCCCGACCCAGUUGGGCCUGAUGAUCGACCCCUGCCCCCGCGUAAUCCAGCGCUUCGCACUCAAUCUGGCGUUCCAGACACCUCGUCUUCGAAUCGAAUUUCUCAUGAAGCUAAUGGAAACACUUCUGUUUCACAAACUUCUGGGCAUUCCAACGAGACAUGGUCAAACUCAGUGAGGGAAUACACUACGGCAACUACACAGUUUUCAUCUUCAGAUGCUGGUUUUUCUAACAACUCUAUUGGUCUUGGUGCCGAUGAGCUGGAUGAAAAUUCUCAGAUGAGUGUUGAUGAUCUUUUUCCAGACUGGAUUGGCUUCUCAUCGGACAAAGUCUCCCCUACCAGUGAUGAGGUUGAAUUUAGAAGAUCAAAUGAGGAUUUUCUUGUUGACCAAGCGAAGAGAGGAUAUGAUAAGGAUAAGAAUUAUCAUGUCACAGUCCUUAUGAAAAAGCUCUUAGACAGUGGUGCUCCAAGAUCGGCUCUCAGCGCAGAAUUGAAUGAUUUGCCUGAUAACGCGAUCUCUUACAAAAUGGAAGUCACUAAUGAUCAUGGAAUUUCGGACGCAGCAAUGACUGAAAUGGUCAGGAACUGUGCUUGGAAGGAACACGAUGCUUGCGUCAAGGACUUGGAGGAUUAUUUGCUUAAUUACGACUUGAAUGAUCGGAGAAUCCGUGGUGAAUCGCCUGACUCAGUUGACCCCGACACGUGUACCCAAGCGGAAUAUAACCAAGAGUUGGUUGAUUACAAUGAUUCUAUCUUGGAAGUCAAGGAAAUGUUGGUCAAGUUGAAUUCCCUUAUCUUGAUCGGAAAUGUUCGAAUCAUUGGCAACAAAGCUCAUUUCUCUGGUGCCAAAUGUAAGACCACUAUCGGUUUCAUUCACGGUCAACUCACUGAUGGAAUGACAAGGCUUUUCGAAGAACCCUUGGUGAAAGACAUCAUAGCUAAAAUUCUCGAAACUUUAGAUAGAAGAGUCUUCUCUGAAACGGGUGCCGACCCAAGAUACUUCAAGUUAUCCGAAAGCCAUGUUACUUCUGGCAACUUUCUUUGGCUUAAGGCUUACCAUGUGCCAAAUAAAGGAGCCCAGCACGCUUUUGAGAUGCAAUUCUUAAGAGAAGGUGAUAAGGUUACGCAGUUUGAAAGGGCCAAACACGUUGUGGUCAAAAAUUCAAACCUUGUUCUUUCUAACGUUAAGAUUGAUCUUGGACUGGAUGUUCUCCCUCCUACUAAGGGACGGAAGCUCAUUUAUUACGAGAACCUUAAAAGACUUGGUCCGGCUGGCCUCGUUAAUGAAGUUCAAGACGCGAUUGAGAUUCAUAAGAACAAAUGUGCUUUCCCUCAAGACGAAGAAGAAGUAAAGGUUCUGAAGCAAUUUAUUGAUGCUGCUCGGGCACAAUUCGAUCAGACUCUUGAGUCUCUCAAGGAUUCACGUCCAAAUGAGCAGACUUCUGACCCAUUCCACUUCUCUGUGUCGGUUAAGUUUUGCACCCAGUAUUGCAACAUUUGUAACACUACCUCUCACUCUCUUCAAGAUUGUGAGUACAGAGGAUGCAGACUUUGCGGCGAUAAGCGUCACCCAAUGUGGAAAUGUCCUUCACGCUGCCGCUGUAAGAAACGCCCUGCUCACUUGAAGAAGGACUGUCCUAACAGAGUGGCCGACACUGAAGUUUCGUCUUAUGAUGAAAACAAUUUCCCGACUUUGUCAAAGCCAACGGGUAAUCCAUCCCCUGCAACUACAGCAGCCCAGGCGUCGCGCCCAAAGGAUGGAAACAGGUAUAACAUGCUUAGAGAAGACACUGAGGAAACCGAGGAUACCGAGGAAACCUCCAUGUCAGGAGUGCGCCAAGUGGAAUAUUCCACUGGAGAUGAGCCAACAGAAAAGCGCACUAGAGUCCAGGAACCACCUAACCAGGUGGCCCAAACCACAGCCAUAGUCGAAACGACUGACAUUCAGAAGCCUUUGCCUUCUACAACCGAUGAACCACAUUAUGAAUCCACCGAUUCAGACACUGACAUGGAGUCAUCCUCUGCUCACGAAGAAGAUGACAUCAACAUUCCUGCCUUCCUGGCUACACCCCACUCUUCAGAGGAGUCUACUCUGAAAGACACUUCGCACCCUGUGCAAUCCGUUCAUGCGCCUGCUGCUCAGGCCUUACCUUCCGAUGCUGUGGUUAUCCCACACAUCACGUCCACUGAGGAACUCUCUAGUCCUCUAACCUCCGACCUUAUUGCGGCUACAGCAGUCGCCAACACCAACACAGAUCACCAACUGGAGGUUCCUCCAGGUGAUUUGACAGAUGCCGACACCUCUAUGGGUGAAGGAGAUCUGUAUGUUGCCACUCAACCCGAUUCAAUAUUGGAUUCUCCAGAGGAGGACCCACCACAGGAAGCUCAGCGGCCUAUGCCAAUGAAGAAGCUGAACUGGAUCUCUGAUAUGAAUAAUAUUGUCGAACAACGGAUCAUUGAAAUCAAACAUCCUUUUGGUUUCAGACGCACUACACAAGGACGAUCUCCUAUGUUAACUGUUGGGUCUUUUAAUAUCCAGCACUCGCAAGAGAUUCCUACAAUCAUCUUUUUGGCUCGCCAAUUUGAUAUUUUAUUUCUUCAAGAACUUCCCCUUUCAGAAGAUAAAAUCAAGCAGCUUGAACAGCUCGCUCUUCGAAAAGACAGAGUUUUCAUUUCAGGAGAAACAGAGGAAGGAACGCUCAACCAUACUGCUAUCCUUCUAAAUCCUGCCAAAGUCACGGUGUUGGCCACGGCGGAGCUUAGUCAAAAUCUGUUUCACAGCGAUAGAUUUACAGAUGUUAGGGUCAGGAUCACUCCGGGUGAUCAUCUUCUUCUUACAAAUGUUUAUCUUCCCACGUCCAAUAAGGCCCUCCAAGCCUCUAUUCUUUCGGAAAUUCGUUCCUCCUACGUUUCGUUAAAAUCUCAACACCUGGACCUAAAUCUCAUCUACGGGGGUGAUUUCAACCACUCAAUGGAACAUGAGAUUCGCUCGGAAAGCCAAGCUCGUCAUUCAAUUUCAGCAUUGAACAGUGUCGCGUUCACAGAAGAUGUUGCUGUCUGUGAUUCCCAAAUUGCCCAGCUCCCGACCAAUACACCGACCAAACAAGGAAAUUCCUGUCGCCGUCUUGACAGGUUUUAUAUUCCUAGAGGUUGGCGUCACCGCACCAAGCAAUACCAGAUUUUGAAACCUCAACAUAUCACUAGCACGCAUCACCUAGUCAAAGUCACUUUUAGACUUGAUAGAGAUGCUAAUGUUCUCAUAGGCAAAGCACGCUUUCGUUAUCCGUUACAGAGAAUUCUGCACCCGUUUGAUUCAAAUCCUACUAUUAAAAUCCCAGUUUCGACUUCGCUUGAUCGCUCGAUCUUUCUCAUAAAAAGUGAGGGUAUGGAAUAUAUCAAUUUCAUGGGGUAUGUUCGCAAGCAGGAUCCGCAGUUUGCAAGAACCAUUCUUGGUGGUUCUCAGGAUCUUCUGAAGACGGAACAGACGAAUAUUAACAUGAAACUUUGUUUCCAAACAAAACGUCUUGAUACUCAGAUUUUUCAAAAGCUUGUUAGUGCUGAUACUGGAACCACCGCGCAUACUACCUUAGGUAUGCUCAACAUGGCCACUGAAUACUACGCUGAACUCUAUGCUCAACCUGAAGAUCCACCGAGAUUUGAACUACUUAAUUUUCUCGACCCUAUUCAAAACACGCUUACACGUGAGGACCUUAGGACUUUGAACAAGCCCUUCACCAAAAAAGAGCUUUACAGAGCCCUCAAAGCAUCAGAACAAGCUUCGGCUCCGGGCCCGGAUGGCCUUAGCUUCCCAGUACUCCAACACUACUGGUCGGAAAUUGGUGAUAAACUCACCACCGCUGCCAAUAGCAUGAGGACUAAGGGAACCCUUCCUAAAUGUUUCCGAGAAGUUCUUAUCACGUUGAUUCCGAAGAGUGGCGCCAAGGCCUCGGACCUAGUCUCCGAUCAACGGCCUAUCCUGCUUUCUAAUGCUUCACUAAAAGUUGUUUCGAGUGCAGCCUGUUCACGGCUUCAGUCGGUUCUUGACAAGUUGAUUCGUCCAAAUCAAAGGGGCUUUAUCAAACUGAGGAACAUCCAUAGCAACACUAUGGAGUUCUUCUCAAUGAUACCUUUGAUUCAACAGAGGCUGCCUCUGACGAGAGAAAUUUCACCGAAAGCGAUCCUCAUGGCUGAUUUCACAAAAGCUUUCGAUAGGAUCUCACAUGUUUACAUUCGGACUGUUUUGCAGAAGAUGCGGCUAGGCAAAUACAUGAUAAAUUUUAUCAUGCUGAUCCUUGAAGGUCAGGAGGCCUACGUACGCAUAAACAAUAUUGAUGGACGCCCGUUCCCCCUUCGCUGUGGAACUCGCCAAGGCAACCCUCUUUCGCCUUUAAUUUUCAACAUUGCGCUUGAACCCUUUCUACGUCAACUUGAGACUUUGGAAGGGCUUGAAUUAAGUUUCAAAGGCUGUUACUUGGAAACCAUCCACUAUCAUGCUUUUGCCGACGAUGUGAACAUUUAUCUCAAUUCGCUCAGAGAUUAUAGGAGAUGCCAUGGUAUAAUUGCGCAAUUUGAGACGGCCAGCAAUAGUCGCCUCAAUCAUAGCAAAUCCAAACUCAUUGGAUUCCACAGAAAUUACCCCCAGCUCGAAUCCAACAUCCUACCAUUUUCCAAGACCUCAGUGUAUCAUAAUGAUACUAAGUAUCUUGGCUUCGCGAUCACUGGCACUCAGUGGUCAACGCUCAUAAGCAAGCUACGAGAUGCUAGCAGACUCCAAGGAUACAUGAGCCUUAACCUCAUCACUAGGGCUCUCGGUUCGAACAUAUUUAUCAGUUCUAAAGCAGUCUAUAAGGACCUAGUACACUGUAUGUCACGGUCUGAGCUUACUUCAAUGGACAAAGCGAUCGAAGACUUUUUCCCGGGAAUCUCGGCGUCCAAAUUACACGCCAACCCGAAGAAUGGAGGUUUUGGUCUCAUUGAGAUGAAGAUACAACUUCAAGGCCACAGAGCAGCAGUCUUAGCUGCCAUCCUCGAGGAUAAACACACUUGGUAUGUGCAAUAUCUCCGACUCAAGCUAAAGCAUCAUAUGGCAAAAAUCAUUUUGCAACAAGAGCAUGUUGAUAUUCUCGAACCUAACCAUCAUGGUUCCCUACGUGCCUCUCUUCGCCGACAGCCGGUGAUUUCUACAGGAGAGCAGAACGCUUGUCUCAAGAACCAAUUUACGUCUUUGAGCAGACAGGAGCAUCAAAAAGGUGGCCCCAUCAUUCCGGAUCACCUUACGGACAUUUGUCUUGCCUCUCAGAAUUACACUCGUUGGAAGAAGAAUGGCUCCAUCACAACGACUUCUCCGCAGUACACUUAUUCAACUUUGGAUCCUAUGUUCCUUUACAAUUUCCUCGCUCCAGUGACAAAACCAUGA